GCGUUAUUGGUCGAUACGCCUCUGCGGCAAUUGAAUCGACCAAUCAGAAUAUGGUAUGGGGAGCGUCUGUCCCCCGUAACGCCGGCCCUAUAAAUACUCGCCUAACGGAAAUUUUGUUCAUAUUAACCGUUCGGCAAGCCUCUUAACCGGUCGCGCUGAACGACGACUGACUUAUUUAUUAACUUAUUGCUACGUUAAGUUCAACAAAACUCAAUCAAAAUGCGUGAGUGCAUCUCCGUACACGUUGGCCAAGCUGGAGUCCAGAUCGGUAAUGCCUGCUGGGAGCUGUACUGCCUUGAGCAUGGCAUCCAGCCUGAUGGUCAAAUGCCAACUGACAAGACCAUCGGUGGUGGUGAUGAUUCUUUCAACACCUUCUUCAGCGAGACCGGAGCCGGCAAACACGUACCCCGUGCUGUGUUUGUCGACUUGGAGCCUACAGUAGUUGAUGAGGUUCGUACCGGCACAUACAGACAGUUGUUUCAUCCAGAACAACUUAUCACUGGUAAGGAAGAUGCGGCCAACAACUAUGCCCGUGGUCACUACACCAUCGGCAAAGAGAUUGUUGACUUAGUCCUUGACCGCAUCCGUAAACUGGCCGACCAGUGCACAGGUCUUCAAGGUUUCCUCAUCUUCCACUCCUUCGGUGGCGGUACUGGCUCAGGAUUCACAUCUCUCCUGAUGGAACGCCUCUCGGUGGACUACGGCAAGAAGUCCAAGCUUGAGUUCGCUAUCUAUCCCGCCCCUCAGGUCUCCACCGCUGUGGUUGAGCCUUACAACUCCAUCCUGACCACUCACACCACCCUCGAGCACUCUGACUGUGCUUUCAUGGUCGACAACGAGGCUAUUUACGAUAUUUGCCGCCGCAACCUCGACAUUGAACGCCCAACCUACACCAACCUCAAUCGUUUGAUUGGUCAAAUCGUGUCUUCAAUCACCGCAUCCCUGCGUUUCGACGGCGCCCUCAACGUCGAUCUUACCGAGUUCCAGACUAACUUGGUACCUUACCCACGUAUUCACUUCCCUCUGGUGACUUACGCUCCAGUCAUCUCUGCCGAGAAGGCUUACCAUGAACAGUUGUCGGUCUCCGAAAUCACCAACGCAUGCUUCGAGCCCGCCAACCAGAUGGUCAAAUGUGACCCACGUCACGGCAAAUACAUGGCCUGUUGCAUGUUGUACCGUGGUGACGUUGUACCCAAGGACGUCAACGCUGCUAUCGCUACCAUCAAGACCAAGCGUACCAUCCAGUUCGUCGAUUGGUGUCCUACUGGUUUCAAGGUGGGCAUCAACUACCAGCCCCCAACCGUCGUUCCUGGUGGUGACCUCGCCAAGGUCCAACGUGCUGUCUGCAUGUUGUCUAACACAACCGCCAUCGCCGAAGCAUGGGCUCGCCUUGACCACAAGUUCGAUCUCAUGUACGCCAAGCGUGCCUUCGUGCACUGGUACGUCGGUGAGGGUAUGGAAGAGGGUGAGUUCUCCGAAGCUCGUGAGGACUUGGCCGCUCUUGAGAAGGACUACGAAGAAGUCGGCAUGGACUCUGCCGAGGGUGAAGGCGAGGGUGCUGAAGAAUACUAAGCGGAAUAACUUAUUUGGUUCAAAGCACUCACACCGAAACAUUCCGGUGAUAUAAAAUAAAAAGAAAUUAAAAUUUA